GUCAACGAUCCUCGAGACGUUUAUCAAUCCUCUUGCGCACCGUCCAAUUCCAUCCAGUAGUCCCUUCCUCACCGUCGGAUCUGCCCUUUACCCUCUCGGCUUCUUCUCUUUUAAAAUCUCUCCGCCUCUCGCACAAUUCUCCAUACCGCAUCAUCACAAUUUUCUCUCCUUCCUUUUUUAAAAUCGCCAACAACCGUUUCUUCUCCCUCCGAUCUCGACACUUUCAUGGCUUCCCCAUCGGCUUACGAGCAAUCUAACACCUCGAUCCCAGACUAUCCUCAGAUGAUCAUGAAGGCGAUUGAGGAGGGAAAUGACAGGGAAGGCUUGACCAAAGACGACAUUUCGAGGCACAUAGAAGCCGCUCAUGAAGGCCCUCUUCCUUCGGCCCACGGCACACUGCUAAUCCACUGCUUGGAAAAGAUGAAGCAGAGAGGUCAGCUCCUUUUGGUAAGGAAUAACUACAUGAAGCCUGACCCCAACGCCCCGCAGCACCGUGGUCGGGGACGCCCCCCGAAGCCUAAGGCUCCGCUUCCUCCUGGAUAUGUCCCGCCUGUGCCCCGCCCCCGUGGCCGCCCGCCCAAGCCGCGCGAUCCGCUCGCCCCGGAGAUUCCUCCAAUGAAAGUCUCUGCUUCCGUAGGCACCGGACGGAAACGGGGAAGACCGCCGAAGUCCGCCGCUGCGGUGGCAGCACCGCGCCCGGCGAAUAACGGUCCUCCUAGAGGGAGGGGCAGGCCGCCGAAGGUGAGACCGGCCAUGGCUCCCACAGUUGGAGCAUAAUUAUUUGGCUGAAAUAAAUGUUGCUUUCGUGUCUAUCGCUAAUUAUUUGAUCCCUCUUUUUUUAUUUCUAAUGAAAAAAUCUGCUGGAUUUUGCCGGGAGUCCUUGUAGUUUUGUUUAAUUUAGUUUUACGACUUUAUUUUCUUAAUGUGUAAGAGGUUGGGAUUGUAAGUAGGCACCAGUGUAAAUGUUUGUAUGCGGCAAAACUGAGUACCAGGCUUUUCAUAGGCCGGUGUUGAUAACUUGUCUGGUGUGUCUGCGCUUGUUUCCUAGCGCUUUUCAUAGGCCCUUUGAUUGCAAGUGUUAUCCAUCGAUAUCGUAUUUAGCUCUUAUUUUUAUUGAUCUUGAAAUAUUAGUUCAAAUAUGAUUUGGGAUGAUUUUGUAUCAGUUUUGCUAUUUAAAUCUCAAUAAAUAAAUAAAAAUUAU